CUGAAGGUGAAGUCACUGAAGUUUUGAUAACAUUGAAUUUGUGUAUAAAAUUCUUGCAUUAAUAUUGAAAAAGAUAACAUUCACAAUGUUUACUCUACACAACCAACUGGAGUUACGAAGGGUGACAAUAUCUAGUCUAAUAACAUGCAUCUACUUACCCAGCAUAGUUACAGUGAUUUCAUACAAGGGCUUACUUUACUCCGUGGGGAACGGAUCUUCAUUCUACAUUUUGGUCCUCAUUUUCGUCGCAGAACUGCUUAAAUCAUUCUACCUAAACUCGACCAACGAUAUCUUAGCGAAGAAAGCUAAAGUGAGCAAGAAUAGAGCGGGUGAUAUGUUGAAAGGAUUUGGCUUCCUUUUAGGGGUUAUGUUCUGUUUUUUCAUUGGAAUAAUUUUAUUUGGAGCUCCAGUGUUGGAUUGCCAUGAGGAAACGCUAAUGUUGUCGAGUUUGCUGACGCUUUUGACGGUGUUUCCGUUGGUCGCGCACACGGGAGUGGAGACAUCAAUGCAGUUGUUGUUUGGAGUGAAGAACUUUGCGAAAGACAGUGUGUUGGAGAUGUUAGUGAACAACGCGCUCCUGACGGUGUGCGGCGCGUGGCUGGGCGCAGUGGUGAUACCCCUGGACUGGAACACGCCCUGGCAGGUGUGGCCCAUCCCUUGCUACCUGGGAGCUAUUGGGGGUUACCUACUUUCAAAUGUUCUCAACGUCUUGAAAGUCGCGUUACUGAGUGCUGCACAAAAAUACCCAUCACUGAACUUUCUUGUAAAUAUUUUAAACAAAGUUCAUUUGAAGUAAAGGUUGUGUUAUUGUAUUUUUUACCAAAUAUAUUGUGUAAAAUUAUCUAAAACAGUAUUACAGAUGUAGCAUUUAAUAAGUUCAAGAGAGUUGUUUGGACUUUAUUCCUGACUUUUAAUUAGCCACAUUAAACAAAGGAUUGUUUAUUUAUUUGUAUUUAUGCUAAUGAGUACUUGGAAUAAAAUAGGGUUAUUCCCAGUAGUUACCACCAACAAACAUGGUAACUACUGGGAUUUUUUUGUCCCAGUAGUUACCAGUGGUAAAAGGUGGGAAAAAAUUCCCAGUAGUUACCACUGGUAAGAACUUAGUGGUAACUAGUGAUAAUAACCCAAUAAAUACGAAAUUUUGCAUGAAAAUCAAAAGUAUCUCUCACACUCUGCAUGUUUAGGCUGUUGACAUUGUCAUGUCCAAUAACUGUAACAUUUAGUUGGUGGCAACUCUUGAUAUUGUCAAAUGAUCUUUGUAUAUCAAUUUAUAUUUUUAGACACCUAUGACACCACGAAAAUUAUCAUUUAGUUUGCACAGCCAAAAAAUCUCAGUAAUCAAAAAUAGAAUCACCAAUGUGGUGAGGUUUACAUACCAAAUAUAGAGAUUGUAACUGAGACUGAUUGUACAACUAACCUCUGGAUCGAAAAUAAACAGAUUGAAUUUUAAUUUUUUUUUAUACAUGCUACAGCCAUGUCUUGCAUUUGGUUUAUAGGUAUAUCAAUCUGGUCUGUUGCAAUAUAUUUUGGCUUCACUGGUUGCCUAUCUAUUUGUACUUACUGUACGAUGUUAAGACAAAAGUAGGUUUCAUUCAAAAGAAAACUGCAUGUAUUAGUAAAUUAUUAAUUUUAUUUUUGUAUUUUGUUAAAUAUUUACAUAGCCUAUAUAAUAGUCUACAUUAUAUUAAUAAAAUAUGAAACUUAA